CAUUUUUGUUAGGCAUGUGGGGACCCUAAAGCCAAGCCUUCUUACCUGAUCGAUAAAAACUUGGAAUCUGCUGUCAAGUUCAUUGUCCGGAAAUUUCCAGCAGUUGAAACCCGCAAUAACAAUCUUGCACAGCUCCAAAAAGAGAAGUCUGAGAUCCUGAAAAAUUUGGCACUUUACUACUUCACAUUUGUGGAUGUUAUGGAAUUUAAGGAUCAUGUAUGUGAGCUGCUUAACACUAUUGAUGUUUGUCAAGUUUUCUUUGAUAUUACUGUCAAUUUUGAUUUAACCAAGAACUACUUAGACCUGAUAGUAACCUAUACUACACACUCAUGAUCAUGCUUUCUCGCAUUGAAGAGCGGAAAGCAAUUAUAGGACUAUACAACUACUCUCAUGAAAUGACUCAUGGUGCCAGUGAUCGGGAAUAUCCUCGGCUUGGACAGAUGAUUGUAGAUUAUGAAAAUCCUUUAAAAAAGAUGAUGGAAGAAUUUGUACCCCAUAGUAAGUCUUUGUCAGAUGCCCUAAUUUCACUUCAGAUGGUUUAUCCUAGAAGAAACCUUUCAGCAGAACAAUGGAGGAAUGCCCAGCUUCUUAGCCUCAUCAGUGCACCGAGUACAAUGUUAAACCCUGCUCAGUCAGAUACGAUGCCAUGUGAAUACCUUUCACUAGACGCAAUGGAAAAAUGGAUCAUUUUUGGGUUUAUUCUUUGUCACGGAAUACUAAACACAGAUGCCACUGCGCUGAAUCUUUGGAAACUUGCCCUUCAGAGCAGUUCCUGCCUUUGCCUUUACAGAGAUGAAGUUUUCCAUAUCCACAAGGCAGCAGAAGACCUCUUUGUCAACAUCAGAGGUUACAACAAAAGAAUAAAUGACAUCAGAGAGUGCAAAGAGAACGCCAUAUCACAUGCUGGUGCAACACAUAGGGAGAGGCGCAAAUUCUUAAGAUCUGCCCUAAAGGAACUUGCAACAGUUCUUUCCGAUCAGCCUGGUUUGCUCGGGCCCAAGGCACUUUUUGUAUUCAUGGCAUUGUCAUUUGCCCGAGAUGAAAUUAUCUGGUUACUUCGGCAUGCGGAUAACAUUCCAAAGAAGGUUGCAGAUGAUUUUAUGGAUAAGCACAUUGCUGAACUUAUUUUUUACAUGGAAGAACUUCGGGCGCAUGUCAGGAAAUAUGGACCUGUGAUGCAGAGAUACUAUGUGCAGUACUUGUCUGGCUUCGAUGCUGUGGUUCUUAAUGAGUUGGUACAGAAUCUCUCCGUAUGCCCAGAGGAUGAAUCAAUUAUCAUGUCCUCUUUUGUAAAUACAAUGACAUCUCUGAGCGUAAAACAAGUUGAAGACGGGGAAGUUUUUGACUUCAGAGGAAUGAGGUUGGAUUGGUUCAGACUGCAGGCCUACACCAGUGUUUCCAAAGCUUCGUUAAGUCUUGCAGACCACCGAGAACUUGGAAAGAUGAUGAACACUAUAAUAUUUCACACAAAAAAAAUGGUGGAUUCCUUAGUGGAAAUGUUGGUGGAAACUUCUGAUCUGUCUAUAUUUUGCUUCUACAGUCGGGCAUUUGAGAAGAUGUUUCAGCAGUGUUUGGAACUGCCAUCCCAGUCAAGAUACUCCAUUUCAUUUCCUCUCAUUUGUACUCAUUUUAUGAGCUGCACUCAUGAGCUUUGUCCUGAAGAGAGACAUCACAUUGGAGAUCGCAGCCUAUCUUUAUGUAACAUGUUCUUGGAUGAAAUGGCAAAGCAAGCCCGCAAUCUCAUCACAGACAUCUGCACAGAACAGUGUACUCUAAGUGAUCAGCUCCUGCCAAAACAUUGUGCCAAAACAAUCAGUCAAGCAGUAAAUAAAAAGUCAAAAAAGCAGACUGGAAAGAAAGGAGAACCUGAACGAGAGAAGCCUGGCGUUGAAAGCAUGAGAAAGAACAGGCUUGUGGUAACAAAUUUGGAUAAGCUACACACAGCACUUUCAGAGCUUUGUUUCUCCAUUAAUUAUGCACCAAAUAUGGUGGUGUGGGAACAUACGUUCACUCCAAGAGAGUAUCUGACCUCACACUUGGAAAUUCGCUUUACCAAGUCUAUUGUUGGCAUGACCAUGUACAAUCAGGCCACACAAGAGAUUGCAAAACCCUCAGAGCUAUUAACUAGCGUAAGAGCCUACAUGACUGUGCUCCAGUCAAUAGAAAAUUAUGUGCAGAUUGACAUCACAAGGGUUUUCAACAAUGUUCUGCUUCAACAAACACAACAUCUAGACAGCCAUGGAGAGCCAACAAUCACCAGUUUGUACACUAAUUGGUAUUUGGAAACACUACUGAGGCAAGUUAGCAAUGGCCACAUAGCUUAUUUUCCAGCAAUGAAAGCCUUUGUAAAUCUGCCCACAGAGAAUGAGCUAACCUUCAAUGCGGAGGAGUAUUCGGACAUAUCUGAGAUGAGAGCAUUGUCGGAGCUGCUGGGACCAUAUGGCAUGAAGUUCCUUAGUGAAAGUCUCAUGUGGCAUAUUUCCUCCCAAGUGGCUGAACUUAAGAAACUAGUGGUGGAGAAUGUUGACGUCUUAACGCAGAUGAGGACAAGUUUCGACAAACCAGAACAAAUGCAAGCUCUUUUUAAACGACUAUCUUCUGUGGACAGUGUCUUGAAGAGGAUGACCAUCAUUGGAGUGAUUUUGUCAUUCCGCUCACUUGCACAGGAAGCUUUACGAGAUGUCUUAUCUUACCACAUUCCUUUCCUUGUAAGUUCUGUUGAAGACUUCAAGGAUCACAUUCCAAGGGAAACUGACAUGAAGGUUGCAAUGAAUGUGUAUGAGUUGUCAUCUGCAGCUGGCUUGCCCUGUGAAAUUGAUCCAGCCUUAGUCGUGGCAUUAUCAUCUCAAAAAUCUGAAACAAUCAGUCCAGAGGAAGAGUACAAAAUUGCCUGCCUUCUUAUGGUCUUUGUGGCCGUGUCUUUGCCAACCUUGGCUAGCAACGUGAUGUCUCAGUACAGCCCGGCCAUAGAAGGUCACUGCAAUAAUAUUCACUGCCUGGCAAAGGCCAUCAACCAGAUUGCUGCAGCUUUAUUCACCAUUCACAAAGGAAGCAUUGAGGAUCGUCUUAAGGAGUUCUUGGCUCUGGCAUCUUCUAGCCUCCUGAAAAUUGGCCAAGAGACUGAUAAAACAACAACAAGAAACAGAGAAUCUGUUUAUUUGCUGCUAGAUAUGAUUGUGCAAGAGUCACCAUUCCUGACCAUGGACUUGCUGGAAUCUUGCUUCCCAUACGUCUUACUGAGAAACGCUUACCACGCAGUUUACAAACAGAGUGUAACAUCCUCUGCAUAA